AUGGAUACGAUGUUCUUGUUACUCACUAAUUCUGAUUCCAUCUACAAACAAAUUGUCCUUUGGAAGAAAGCUAAUCGCAUUGAAAUACUUUUAAAUAUAAUGAAAGGUCCAAUAUUUAAUCAGAAAAAGUCGGAGCAUCGAGAGUAUCUGUUAGCGACCGCCAGGCAGGCAAGAUUACUGCUACGGGUAUUCAAUACCGUGGCACUAUCCACCUGCUUGUUGUGGGUUCUAUAUCCAGUCAUACUAUAUGUGCAGAGAAAACCCGUCGAGUUCGCAAUAUGGUUACCCUUUGACGCUAACCUAAGUCCGCAAUUCUACUUCGUAGCAUUUUACGUGUGGGUACAAACUUCUUGGCUUGCGUUCAGCAACACAACAAUGGAUGUUUUUAUCACAUUUUUUCUCACUCAGUGCAAGACACAGCUCUCUAUUCUCAGGUUAGAUUUAGAAAACAUUGUUCUGAAGAGUAAGGAGGAAGCAUUGGAGUCGGGGAAAGAUUUAAACGUUGUUUUGGAGCGAAGAUUUCGAAUUGUUUUGUUACAUUACGAUGAAAUUAUUAACUGCUUCGGCGGGGUGGCCCCCUCCGACUUCUGCUUCGUUGCGCGCGCCGCUCAGCCUCGUAGCUACCUUUUAGACUCCGCCGACGACGACUAUCAGUCCGUGUUCGGGAUCUACUUCUCUCGUCCUGUUCACUCUCACUCCGCUCCAUCAACAGGUUUCGGCACGAACGACGCUCAGCUUCGCAGCUACGUUUCCGGUUUCGUUGACGCCGUCUAUCAGUUCGUCUUCGAGAAUCUAGAUUUAUCAGAAUUGGAAUUUGGACGGGACCCAGCUAUUAACGUUUCUCUUGCGGAAGAGAAAGAAAAUGUGCCCACAAAUAAUAUUGAAAAUCACAUAACUGUAAACGAAAAUGUGCCCCCGAAUAGUGGUGAAAUUGAACAAGAAAUGCAGAGUGGGUUACUUGAAAGUAUAUUACUAAAAUCACUCAUGAUGAUCAGUCUUUCAUAUCAGACUUUGGAAUCAUAUUAUAUCAACGAGUACCUAGCACUAAGAAAACCGCUAGCUUAUACUCUGUUGAACAUUGACUUUGAGGUGGCCUAUGGAGACCAAACAAAAAAUUUAUUUGAAUAUUUUCCCGUGGCAAAAAUUAAAAUCUUAGAGUUGUUAAGAAAGAGAAAAUCAAAAGAUAACAUCACCCAGGAACUAAUUUCUGUAGCUGACUCACCUAAAGAAGAAGAUAAAAAUCUUGCAGCAUUUUUGGCAAUUCCCCAUCUUUUGAACACUACACCUAUUAACCGGAAGAGGAAACAAAAACAAUCUAGCUGUAGCUGGAAACCAUCUAAGGUAGAAACGCGGGAUGCUUUCAUCAAACGUUUAAGAUCUGACGCUGGUCAAUCGGUCAGUCUAUUGAACUUCGGCUAA